UAUUUACUGGAACACUUGCAGGGUUGGCACAGGAAAGUAGCACAUUUCCAAUCAAUUUUACUGAUUGGAGAUUGAUGCCAAAGCAAUAUAAAGAAGAUACCUUUUCCAAAAUAAUCAAGCCAAAAUUUCACUUCCAAAAUGAUGAGAUUGCAAAACAUUGGACGCUUCAAAAUAUUGGGAGGAAAUGGAAGGACUUUAAAUCUAGGCUGUGGAUGGAGUUCUUUGAUCCUUUGUUAAAUCGGGAUGAACUAAUUAGUAAAUGUCCAAUUGGAAUUCAUAGAGACCAAUGGUCAAGUUUUGUCAACUAUCGUUUGUCAGACAAAUCUAUGGAAAUGUGCAGAAAAAAUGCUGAAAGUAGAAAACAACAAAAAAUUGCACAUACUUGUGGAUCAAAGAGCUUUGCUAGGAGAAGGGCUGAGAUGGAAAUUGAGCUCGGGCACAAUGUUAACCGCUCAGAACUAUGGAUUGAUACUCACAAAGUAAAAAGAGGGUCAUAUGUUAAUGAAGAAUGUAGAAUUAUCACUGAAAAAAUCAGAAAUGAAAUGGAGAAAGGCUCAUCUUCUCAAUCACAAUCUAUUUCACGAGAUGACCCUCUUGGCAAAACCUUUGGAAAAGAGCACAACGGACGUGUUCGUGGGUUAGGUUUUGGACCAUGCCCAUCUAAGGUAUUUAACAAUACUUCAAGGAUGGAUGAGAAAGACUAUGUGUCCACUUUGGAGAAAGAGUUAGCUGAAACUAAAGCUCAAUUGCAAGUUCAAAGUGAUAAAUUGCAAGUUCAAAGUGAGAUGCAAGAGGCCAUGGGAGGGGCUCUUGUUGCUAUUUUGGAAAGAACUUUUGGCAAAGUUCCCGAAGAAUUUGCUACCUUUCUUAACAAAACAUCUCAACCAGUACCCGAUGAAGGAAGCAAUCAACAAUCUUCACAAGGGAGUGGAAAGCAAAAUUCAUCUUCUAGUCAUCAUGUUAAUGGACAAUCAGAGAAUCCGUGGAGUCUGAGCAGAAAGUAUCAGUCUAUCAGAUGAAGAAAGUGGUCAUCAAUCUUUACCGGAGAGUGGAAAUGAAUUUUCAUCUUAAAGAAAACGGGAAAUUUGCGCAUCACGUUGUGUGCAAUGUUGCGUUAUAUUUUUCAUAUAACGCAUAGUUUUUAGUUAUAAAUGAUAUUAUUUGACAAGCAUUAUUUUCAAUUGAUUUUUUUAA